AUGUCCGUGAUGUUUGGGAAAGUUAAGGCUUGUAACUUGACAGUGGCUCCGGAGAGAUGUGCUAAUGAGUGUAAUUUAGUGCUGCUGGGUGCGACUGGCUCCGGGAAAUCAGCUUUGAUUGUAAAGUUCCUCACAAAGCGCUUCAUCAGUGAGUACGACCCCCGCCUAGAGGAUAUAUAUUCUUCAGAGGAGAUGGUGGACCAGCAGCCAGUCGUGCUGAGAGUGAUGGACACUUAUGAUCAGGACGGUCCGGUGAACACGGAGAGGUACGUGUCUUGGGCCAGUGCUUUUAUAGUUGUCUACAGCAUUGAAAACCAGGACAGCUUCAAGGUCUGCCACAAGUAUCUGGACACGCUCUCUCUGCACAAGAAAACAUGUGAGGUGCCCAUUGUGCUGCUGGGGAACAAGCUGGACCUGGAGCGAUACAGGCAGGUUAGCAAAUCCACCGGAGAGGAGCUGGCGUUGCGUUUCGGCUGCCUCUUCUAUGAGAUCUCAGCCUGUCUGGACUUCCAUGACGUCCAGCAAAUCUUCCACGAAGCGGUGAGGAGAGUCCGGCUGCGAGGGAGCCAGUGUGGGCGUCCAGUGUACAUCAGUGAGGAUAAGGGCCUGGUGACUCUGCCCUCGCCUCCAGCAUAUGCCACGCCCUGUCUCAAAGAGCUACCUGCACCAGCCACCGCCAAGCUGGUCACGGUGAAGACCUCCAGGGCCCAGAGCAAGCGGAGGGCUGCCACACUCACGCUGCUAAAGGGUUUCAAGAUUUUCUGA